AUGCUCCGCCGUAGUUUGGCAUUGUUCCUGCUGGGAUGGGCUGCGGCCAAGCGCAUUCAACAGGCCGAUGCGUCUGCGAACUCCUUGGGAACACUUACAUCAGAUCCUGAUUGCAUCACGACCGACAAUGUGACGAUACCAACGGUUCAGGAGGCCGAAUCUCUGAAAGAUGCUCUCGCCAAGCUCCACCAGUCAUCUGCCGGUGACCUUUAUGGUAUCGGUCCUGCAGAAGAGCCCAUUGCAUCUCUCGCAAUUCGCUUCGCUAUGUUGGCGUAUGGUCGCAACGAUGGCCACGGUUAUUCUGUUCGGGCUUUCACUUUUGGGAACGACACGGAAAUCUCAAUGCUCGUGUUCCAGUUUAAGAGUUGGUUUCAUACCAAUGGCAGUACUGAUGAUGCCGCACAUCUGGUGGCAUACUUGGUCAAAGUUAAAGGUGGGGUGGGUGUAGUUCUCAGUUACAAAGGAUCCACGAACAGGAAAGACUGGCAAGCAAACCUGGACAGUAAGCCGGACCCCUUGUUCCGCGACAGUCCUCUAAAUCUUUUGCAGCCUCGCGACAGUGUGCUUCCAAAUAUUUUCAAGCAUGCGCAUGUGGAAGUUCAUCAUGGCUUCAAAUGGCAUAAAGCCUCCCUGGACUGGCGCAUGGGCUUGUUCAUGAUGGAGCCAGUGACGAAGAUAUUGACCUCGUGGGGUGUCCCAGAAAGUGCGCUCCACCGCCCCUUCAAAGAGUUUCUUUACUCUGGUGCGUGGAAGUGGUGCAUAAGCAUCGGACAUAGCUUGGGUGGUGCAAUGUCCUCUAUGGCUGCUUUGGACAUUGCUGUUGACAGCGGGAGCUCACAG